UUUGAGUUUAGAAAAUACGAUUAAGGUUUAGAUUUUUUACGAUUAAACGAGUUUAAAUGGCGGUUUGGGUUUACGAAGGAAAAUUAGGGUUUAGAUUUUGUAAUUAAACGAGAUUAUAUAUCGGUUUGGGUUUAUAAAAGAGUGGUUAGGGAUUAGAUUUAAUAAUUAACUGAAUUUAAUUUAUUUUAUUAUGUGGCGAAUUUUGAUUGGUUAAAAUAAAUGGGGGUGAAUAAAAAGAUUAAGGGCUUAAAUUCAUGUAUUAGUAAAGGUCAGGUGUUUAAAACCUCAAAAAAUAAAGUUACGGGUUUAUAUAAUAAGAUUUCACCUUAGGACUGGUCAUGCUUGUGUGACCUACUAAAUUCACCUUUUCCACCGGAGAUGGACUCAGUAGAAGCAGUAGAGAAGAUCUUGAACUACAGUUUCACGAACAAGACUCUUCUCAAAGAUGCUAUAACACAAAGAUCUACUUUAUUCGACCGGCUUGAGUUCUUCGGUGACUCUGUUCUUGAGGUCGCCUUCACUAAUUACAUCCGCCACACUUACCCUAACCUCAAAGUCAAGGAGUUGUGUGACUUGCGAACUGCUAAUAUCUUUAGGAGUCUUUUGGAGCCAAUAUAUACACCGGAGGAUUUACAGAUGCAACCGAAACCACCAUUUCUUACGCUUUUUCGUUUGACUGAUAAACACGGCAAGCGAAUCGACUUCAGGUAUUCGAAAGAUGACGACAGCAAACAACAUAUUGCUGAGGUAUAUCUUGAUUGCUGCUGAGGAAGCGAUACGAAAGCUGGAAAUUAUGCCUAUUGAAAAGAUUAUCAAUGAGGAUAGUCCACAUGUUGAACCUGAAGAUGUGAAAGGGAAGUCGUUUGUGAUUUGCUCCACUGGAAAUCUCCAAUUACAAACUGAAUUAUCUUCUCUGUCCACCGCCUCUGAGAACUCUUUAGCCGAUGAAAUGACACAAGAAGAAAUGGUUUUUGAUGAGGAUAGUCCAGAUGUUGAACCUGAAGAUGUGAAAGGGAAGUUGUUUGAGAUUUGCUAUACUAGAAAGCUCCAAAUACAGACUGGUUCCUCUGCAAACCCUUUAACCUAUGAAAUGACUACAAAACAAAUGGUUGUUGAUAAGGAUAGUCUACAUGUUGAACCCACAGAUGGGAGAGGGAAGUUGAUUGAGAUUUGCACCAAAAAUAAGUGGCCGAGGCCGAUUUUCAGUGUUGAGGAAGAAAGAGGGCCAAAAAAUGAGCAGAAAUUUGUUUGUUCAGUUAAGAUUGAGAUACCAAAUAUAGAAGGUUCCUUUCACAUGAAGGGAGAUGCAAAAUCAAAGAAAAAGCAAGCAGAAAACUCCUCAGCAUACCACAUGAUAAGAGCCUUAGAAUCUUCUCUAAUGAGUCUUGUCAUAAGUAAUCUGCAAAUGCCGGAAAGUUUAGAUGAGAAGAAUAAUCCAUUGAUGGAUUCUGAUUCAGUGGAAGCAGUGGAGAAGAUCUUGAAUUACAGUUUCGUGAACAAGAAUCUUCUGAAUGAACUGCUAACACACAAUACUUCACCUUUAUUCCAGCGGCUUAUGUUCGUCGGUGAGCCGGCUCUUUCUCUUGCCUUUACGAAACACUUAUACCUCACGUACCCUAAGCUUGAACCCAAGGAUUUGUCUCUGCUGCGAGAUGCUAAUGCAUGUAACGACAGAUACGCUCGCGUAGCCGUCAAAAAAGGCAUCUACCAGUUCAUUAUAAGCAAUGUUGAAAAGCCAGAAAGAAUGAUUUUAGACUUCAUAGAUAUGAUGGGCAAAGAAGAUGAUCCUGAUCCAGAUCCAUACAGAGUUGUGAAAGCCCCAAAAAUUCUCGCUAAUCUUGUAGCUGCUGUAGCUGGAGCUGUUUAUAUUGAUGUAAAUUAUAAUGUACAACGACUCUGGGAGAUCUUCAGGGGUCUCUUCGAGCCAAUAUAUACACUGGAUGAUUUACGGAUGCAGCCUAAACCACCAUUUCUUAUGCUUUUUCGUUUGGCUGAUAAACAUGGCAAGCGAAUCGACUUCAGGUAUUCGAAAGUUGAUGGCAGCAGAAAAAAUAUUGCUCAGGUAUAUCUUGACGAUAUGUUUAUAGCUUCCGGGUGUUCUAAACGUAUCGAUACCGCAAAGCUGCUUGCUGCUGAGGAAGCGUUGCAGAAGCUGUCAGAAUGUAUGCUCAUCGAAAAGAUUAUUCAUCAAGAUAAUCUAGAAGCUGAAAUUCAGACUGGAUCAUCUUCUUUGCUCACUGCCUCUGAGAACCCUUUAACUGAUGAAAUGACAAAAGAACAAAUGGUUAUCGAUGAGGAUAGUCUAGAUGUGGAACGGAAGUUGUUUGAGAUUCGCUACACUGAAGAGCUCCAAUUACAAACUGGAUCAUCUUCUAUGCCCACUGUCUCUGAGAACCCCUUACCAUGUGAAAUUACACCAACAAAAAUGGUUAUUGGAGAGGUUAGUCCACAUGUUGAACCUGAAGAUGUGAAAGGGAAGUCGUUUGAGAUUUCCUCCACUGAAACAUCUUCUUUGCUCAUCGCCUUUGAAAACCCUUUAACCGAUGAACUGACACAAGAACAAAUGGUUAUUGAUGAGAAUAGUCCAUAUGUUGAACCUGAAGAUGUGAAAGGGAAGUCGUUUGAUAUUAGCUCUAAUAGAAAGCUCCAGACACUGACUGGAUCAUCUUCGUUGCCCACUGCCUCUGAGAACCUGUCAACCGAUGAACCGACACAAGAACAAAUGGUUAUUGAUGAGAAUAUUCCACAUGUUGAACCUGAAGAUGAGAAAGGGAAGUUGUUUGAGAUUUGCACCAAGAAUAAGUGGCCGAAUCCGAUUUUCAGUGUUGAGGAAGAAAGAGGGCCAAAAAAUGAGUUGAAAUUUGUUUGUUCAGUUAAGAUUGAGAUCCCAAGUAUAGAAGGUACCUUUUACAUGAAGGGAGAUGCAGAAUCAACGAAAAAGGAAGCAGAAAACUCAUCAGCCAACCACAUGAUAAGAGCCUUGGAAUCUUCUAUAAUGAGUCUUGUCAUAAGUAAUCUGCAAAUGCCGAAAAGUUUAGAUGAGAAGAAGAAGAAUCUGCAAAUGCAGGAAAGUUUAGAUGAAAACAAGAAUCUGCAUUCAAAGAAGAGGAGGACUAUUUAAGUUUUUUUUUUUCUGGUAUAUCUUUUUUUUUCAGUUUACAACUACUGCUCAUUGCAUCUCGUAGUGCAAUGAGAGAAAGUCUCUAGAAUCAUAUAAUAGUUCUUCCAUUCACACUUUUAUCAUCUGUGUUUACUUCACAUUGUAUGCGAUCGAUUGUAUGACAUGAGAGUUCUUCUUGUCA